CAUAUGUGUGGGUGAGAAGGGAGAGGGAUCAUGUUAUUUUUCUCCGUGGUUAAACUGGAUUUACAGUACCGGGCUCGCGCUGUCCCCAAUUGAGUGGCAUUAUCAUGUACGGCGAUGGAGAGGGCACUGUUUGGGACAGAGUCGGACGCCCCCGACGGGACUGCAUGUGCUACCUCGGACCUCCGACAACUUUGAUGCCCAUCGGGAUGCGGAAGUCUCCCGAUGUGAGUCCCAGACGGCUUUCGGACAUCAGCCCCCAACUGAGACAACUGAAGUAUCUGGUUGUGGACGAGUCUAUCAAAGAGGACACUUUAAAAUCGUCCCGUUCCUUUGAAGACAUUAACAGCGCGUCGAUAGAGGAGAGGAUCUUGAGGAUCACUGGAUACUACGGCUAUCAACCUUGGAAUGCUGUCUACACCAACAGAGAAGACCGUCCCAGAGAGAAUGUGGUGGGCAGCACAGCGGACGGCCAGGCGGCAAACGGCGGGGCGCCGGGGGCGGAGCCUGCUACGGGGAGGUGGAGACUUCGUUGCUGCAUCAAAGUCACGGCCGUACAGGUGCGGAAGGCGCUGUGGGGCAUUGCCAUGGUGAUGUGUGUGUGCUCAUCGUGGGCGGGGUCCACCCAGCUGGCCAAGCUCACCUUUAAGCAGUUUGACGCUCCAUUCACCCUCACCUGGUUCGCCACCACCUGGAACUGCCUGUUCUUCCCCCUCUACUACAUCGGACACCUGUGUAAGAGCCCUGAGAGACAGACCCCCAGACAGAGGUUCAGGGAGUGUUGUCGGUUCUUUGGGGACGACGGGCUGACAGCCAAGGUGUUCUUCACUAAGGUGGCUCCGUUUGGAUUGCUGUGGAUCCUCACCAACUACCUGUACCUACAGGCCCUGAGGAAGAUCAACACUACAGACGUGUCAGCUCUGUUCUGCUGCAACAAGGCCUUCGUAUUCCUGCUCUCUUGGAUCGUACUGAGAGACCGCUUCAUGGGGGUCAGGAUCGUGGCGGCCAUCUUUGCCAUCGCUGGCAUCGUGAUGAUGACGUACGCUGACGGUUUCCACAGCCACUCUGUCAUGGGGAUCACCUUCGUUGUGGCCUCCGCUUCUAUGUCUGCACUCUACAAGGUGCUCUUUAAAAUGGUCCUGGGCAGUGCCAAGUUUGGGGAGGCAGCGCUCUUUCUGACCAUCGUCGGUGGGGCUAAUUUUGUGUUCAUCAGCUUUGUGCCAGUCAUCCUGUACUUCACCCAUGUGGAAUACUUUGGUUCUCUUGAGGACAUCCCCUGGUUAUACCUCUGUGGGGUAGCAGGCCUGCUCUUUGCUUUCAAUAUCCUGGUGAACUUUGGCAUUGCCAUCACGUACCCCACAUUAAUCUCUCUGGGCAUUGUCCUGAGUGUCCCUGUCAAUGCCAUGGUUGACCUGUACACAUGUGAGAUCCACUUCAACGCAGUGCGUCUGAUCGCCGUGUUGAUCAUCUGCCUGGGCUUCCUGAUGUUGCUGCUUCCAGAGGACUGGGACCAGUGCUUCAUCCAGCUCCAUGCUAAGCUGCAGAGUAAACGGGAGGAGCCAGCCGAGGAGGAGGCAGGGCCCGGCUCCAGCCUCAACUGGAGCAGGAGAGCAAGGCCCUCCAUGUCUACCUUUACACACUGACCACUGUUUAAUGUGGAGGGAUGGACGGACAGACACACUGAAACAGACAGGCAGAGGCAAACACGCACACGAAUGGAUGAAUGAACAGAUGGACAGAUACAGACACACAUACAGUGUACAGACACACAUACCGAUACACACACACACACACACACACACACCUUGGACACUUGAUUGCCAUGAUGACCUGCAUGGUCGACCUCUGCCCUCCGCCCUCUCUCUCUCUCUUUCCCCUUCCCUCUCACUAGUUUCUGCCUGGAAACCUUUCUGUUGGCCUGUCAGUCCGUCUGGGUCUGUUCAAGACCUUUUCAUUUCACUGCAAAAAGCACUGAUAUCAAUUAUUUCCUACUUGACCUCCACCAUUUUAGAAGUCAUCAGAGUUGGUGCAUGGGCUCACGUCAUUUAGCAGUACCUCAAAGUCAUUCCAUUGGACUGAUACAUUUAUUUACAUCAUGCCUCGGAAGACUUUCGAACUUGCCUUUGCUUUUCAAAAGACAAGGAUAGAUUGACAGACUAAUAAUUGUUCCAUUUUUUUGUCAGUUUUUGUCAGACUGAUGAUGGACUUUCUGGCUUUAACAUCAUGUUCCUAUCAACCUUCAAGAUCCAAAGAAGAAGAGAACCAGGAGAGACGGAGUUCUAGUGGGCAUGUCCCUGUUGUCCCUCAGGUGUCAACAUCAUGGCAAAUACCUGCCUUUAGUGCACUGUAGAUCUCCAAAGCCCAAUUCCAAACAGAUGCUAACCCCUAAAUCCUAGCCCCUAAACCCUAGCCCCUACUACUUUGGCAGUUCAUGUAGAUCUGAAAAGAUUAGAUAGGUAUAAUCAGUAUGGUAAUGAGUCCAUAUUGUCCUCUAUUGGAUAGGUAUAAUCAGUAAGGUAAUGUGUCCAUAUUGUCCUCUAUUAGAUAGGUAUAAUCAGUAAGAUAAUGAGUCCAUAUUGUCCUCUAUUAGAUAGGUAUAAUCAGUAAGGUAAUGUGUCCAUAUUGUCCUCUAUUAAAUAGGUAUAGUCAGUAUGGUAAUGGGUCCAUAUUGUCCUCUAUUAGAUAGGUAUAGUCAGUAUGGUAAUGGGUCCAUAUUGUCCUCUAUUAGAUAGGUAUAAUCAGUAAGGUAAUGUGUCCAUAUUGUCCUCUAUUAGAUAGGUAUAGUCAGUAUGGUAAUGGGUCCAUAUUGUCCUCUAUUAGAUAGGUAUAAUCAGUAUGGUAAUGGUUCCAUAUUGUCCUCUAUUAGAUAGGUAUAAUCAGUAAGGUAAUGGGUCCAUAUUGUCCUCUAUUAGAUAGGUAUAAUCAGUAAGGUAAUGGGUCCAUAUUGUCCUCUAUUAGAUAGGUAUAGUCAGUAUGGUAAUGGAUCCAUAUUGUCCUCUAUUAGAUAGGUAUAGUCAGUAUGGUAAUGGUUCCAUAUUGUCCUCUAUUAGAUAGGUAUAGUCAGUAUGGUAAUGUCUCCAUAUUGUCCUCUAUUAGAUAGGUAUAAUCAGUAAGGUAAUGGGUCCAUAUUGUCCUCUAUUAGAUAGGUAUAAUCAGUAUGGUAAUGAGUCCAUAUUGUCCUCUAUUAGAUAGGUAUAGUCAGUAUGGUAAUGGUUCCAUAUUGUCCUCAGAAUUUCUACCAUAUUGCUUACACAUUUUCAAUUCUCUUAGAUCUUCACAACUGCAUAGGGGGUAGAGGGCGAUUUUGGAUUUGAAGUUAAUUCACAUUUUGGUUGCACCUGGUUGCACCAGGGUGUGAAGGAUUCUGUCUGGGCAUUUCACUAUCAAUCUGAGCCAUGGAAUGUCUCGCUGUGCCUCCAGCAAAUGAGAAGAGCCAGAGCCAUCUACAGCCACACUGAUUGGCCACCUGCUGUGAUACACUUCCCCCUUAGAUCAGAUCCAGAGCUCCUGCUGGUUCCAGGCUGACACCCUCAGAUCUAGAGCUCCUGCUGGUUCCAGGCUGACACCCUCAGAUCCAGAGCUCCAGCUGGUUCCAGGCUGACACCCUCAGGUCCAGAGCUCCUGCUGGUUCUAGGCUGACACCCUCAGAUCCAGAGCUCCAGCUGGUUCCAGGCUGACACCCUCAGGUCCAGAGCUCCUGCUGGUUCCAGGCUGACACCCUCAGAUCUAGAGCUCCUGCUGGUUCCAGGCUGACACCCUCAGAUCCAGAGCUCCAGCUGGUUCCAGACUGACACCCUCAGAUCCAGAGCUCCAGAUGGUUCCAGGCUGACACCCUCAGAUCUAGAGCUCCUGCUGGUUCCAGGCUGACACCCUCAGAUCCAGAGCUCCUGCUGGUUCCAGGCUGACACCCUCAGGUUCAGAGCUCCUGCUGAUUCCAGGCCAAAACCCACUGCUCAGUCCCAUGGCUUCAGUCACGACACUCCAGACCAGCCAAACUUAACCAAGCAGCUACAUUUGCAUUAUUUCAACGUCAUUUCAACCUCCUUAGCUACCACUCAGCUUCUGCUUUGAUACCUGUCGGUAGAUUUCCCACCUUUAAAGUCACCUUAUCAUGAGGCAGACGUACUAUAGUGGUGUCAGUUAGCCAGUGUUGCAGCAACACUAGCCUAGGUUCCAGUCUGUUUAUGCCCUCUUACCAACUCCUUAUAGAAUUGUCAUGGCUUGGGAGUUGGAAAGAGCACAACCAGAUCUGUGAUCAGGCUAAUGACACACAGGGACAAAUCAAACUGCAAGUGAUUAUCUGUAAGGGUGUUGUCUCCUGUGCAAACCUUUUCCCAAGAUGCACAGCCAGGGGUGGGUAGUAAUUAUUACUCUGUCUGUGGCAUUUUGGUGGAGGAGCCAUUAAGGAAGUCCCAUUGAAGUCAUAGUGAGAUCGGCUACGACAUGUUCUGGCUGUGGUGGGAUCGAGCUCUGUCUUUAAGAUACUGUUUUUAUUUAUUCCAUUGAUUAUGAUUCUAAGGCAAGUUAACCACUGUGAGGACUCUUCAGGGUUACUGAUGAGGUAACGAACCGAGCAAAACACAGACCACAAUGUAGGCGCGGCUUCAAACAGGAAGUGGGCAGAACCUCUGCCUUGUUGUGAAUGUAUACAUGACCACUGCUCAACACUCACCAUGUGCUAUCUAUCUUUUCUAUUUAUUCGGAGGGAGGCACCAUUUGACUGGUUAUGCCACAGCCUCACACUACAACCAUUCUUAUUGCACACAUCCUUCUUGAAUGAACUGUGAGAUGCAUCUUAUUAAAUAGACAGGUUUUUCAAUUUCUGCAUUUAGUUUGACCUCUGAUGUGAAGGGACAGCGAGUGACUGACAUGACAUCUACAGAACAAGCAUGCAGAGAUGACCACAUAUAACUGAGCAGUCCAUUCACUUCACUGUCUAUUAUUUUUGUUCUGCAAUAGAGUACAGGGCUGGGCUCAGUUCCAUUUCAAUUCAGUCAAUUCUGGAAAUAAACUGAAAUUCCAAUUCCCCUCAUUGAAAAGCAUUGAGAAACAUUUGAAUUGAAGUUUGGAAUUGGAAUUUCAGUCCUAAAUUGGCUGAAUUGUAAUGGUACUGAGACCAACCCUGAAUAGAAGUACUACAUCAGCACUGUAAUCUCCCAUUGUCAUUCUUCGUAAUGACAAUAUAAUCAUGAUAUUGUAUUCCUCUGGAAUUAUUGCUAGACAUAACUGUAAACCUUUGUAAGGAAUGAAGCUGACUUUUACACUGAAAUAAUAAAUGCAACAUAUGAUUAUCACAUCUGAAGAAGAAUACAGCGUGGUUGGAUUACAUGAUGACGCCAUGUGUUAGAUCA